UUUUCGUAUUUGUUUUUAGACAUCUCAACAAUGAGCAUGCCCUGGAUGACCGAAGUACAGCACAGUGCCGAGUGCAGAUGCAAGUCGUACAGCAGCUGGAACUGCAGCUUACUAAAGACAAAGACCGCCUGCAAGCCAUGAUGACACAUCUGCAUGUGAAAUCAAGGGAGCCAAAGCCUACCCCUCAGCCUCUGAAUCUGGUAUCCAAUGCCACUCUCUCCAAAACGGCCUCUGAAACGUCACCACAGAGUUUACCUCACACCCCUACCACGCCGACUGCCCCCCUCACUUCCAUCAACCAGGGACUUUCAGUAAUCACACCAACGAGCAUGCACAGCGCGGGACCAUACAGAAGGCGAUAUUCAGAGAAAUACAAUAUGCCCAUCUCUCCAGCCCACUUUAAAAUGCAUAGUUUCAAUGAUGCCUCACUAGUUCAACCAAUCACGAGGAUUGAAGCUCAAUUAGCGGCCUCACUUGACAGCCUGCACUCUGGAUAA